AUGUCGGCCACUGGAGACCAAAACCAAGGGAGGCCUGAGAGCCCUGUGAUCAUGGUGGGAGUGUGGGCCAGGGUUGUGGGUGCUGGGGACGCAGUGGUUAGUGUCCUGGAAACAUUUGAGGAUAGGGCACGGGCGGAGCAGAAUGUGGUGCCUGAGGGGAUAGAGGAAGCAGGGCCAAACCCAGAAGCGGAGUUGGCCGGGGAAUCCAGCGAGGUAGAGGUGGCCAGGGGGUUCCCUGGUGCCGAGGUGCUUGAGGGGCUCCAAGAAAGCGGAGCAACCAGUAAGGAUGAAGAGGUGGCAAGAUCUGGGUCGUGCAAGAAGGUCGGAGAGAUUGGGGAGGCAGAAAAGACAGGAGAGGAUGAAGAAGCAGGAGAGGCCGGGGAGACUGGAGAGGUGGGGGUGGCAGGAGAGGCCGGGGAGAUUGGAGAGACCAGGGAUAAAGAUGAUUCCAGAAACGUUGCGGAGACUGGAGCCACAGAGAUCGGGGAAGCAAGUGAAAUGAGAGAGAUCCCAAAUGCUGGGGAGGCUGGGAUAGUGUCAGGGAAUGAGCAAGUGGGGCAACUGUUCUCUGAAGUUAGAAUGGACCCCACAUUUGAAGGCCCCGGGGACAGUCUGCAUGAAAUAGGGUCCUCAGAGUUCAUGGAAAUGAUGCCAAGGAGCUGGAGCCUUAGUACUUUGAGCGAUGCCAUGAGUGGGGGCUCAGGUGGCAGCAGUGGAGUGGAGGAUAUCUUCUGGCCGGUUGAUGAUGAUAAUGCUGAUGAAGAUGACGAGGAGGAGCUAUACAAUGCGGAGCUCUUUCUAGAAGCCAACAGCUUCUCAGUUGGCGGUUUCCGCUUCAUGUUUCUUGACAUGAUGCACUCACUGUUGCACCACAUCUACUACAGAGACCACAUGCUGGUGCGUGCCCGUAGAGACAGAGUCAUGUCCGGGUCCUUGCCCCACCAGCAUCCUCCGCGUGCCCUUCUGCCCUUGUUGAGAUUUCCCAGGCAAUUACUCCACCCAGAAGUUCAAAUGAUAGAGGAUGUGGUUCAGGGCCACAUAGCCCCUGAGCUGGAUGCUGACACGGAGAAUGAGGAGGAUGAAGCCGUUGUGGCGUUGCUGGAGGAAGCUCUGAUGGAGCCUGAGCAGGAGGAGGCUACUGAUUUCCAUGAAACAACUGUUUCUCUUACUGAAAACUCAGAGGACGUGGUCACUAGUGCUGAAAAUGAAGAAGAGGAGUAUGAGGAU